GUUUGAUACUGGGUAGCACGACUUCUCUGAUUCUGAUUAGCUGCUGGUGCUGCCACCCACUGUGACUGGGCCAAUAGGAACGCAUGAAUCGUAAUGACGUGAGUCACAGACUCACAGUCUAAGAAAAUAGGCUAUAUUGGGUUUUUUAAUCGACAUUGCCCAGUAAUGCCCACAAUUAUUGACCGAAUUAUUUUUGUGUGAUAAUCAAUGUUAAAGCGAGCGCGGUAUAAAAAUGACCUUUUCGAUGCUUGCUGCUAAUUAAUACAUAUUAACAGCUGAAUUAUCCUUUGUUUGGGAUGAAAAUAGCUGAAAGUUCAUUUAGAGUUGGCUACAUAUGCAUCUCUACACUGAAUAGACCUAGGGAGCUUCAAGGGCUCAUUGACAUGGCAAAAAAAAGGAAGAAUCAGCAGCCACCAUUUGAGAGAAAUGUGAAGUUCAGUAAACUGAAUCAGACAACAGAGAUUCCCAAACAGCCUGAGACGCCAAUGGAGAGUGGCUACAACUCGAGCUGUAACGACGACUCAGCAGCUCCCUCGAGUCACACUGGAGUAGGGCUUACUGGGGACACAACAGAUCCCUUGAGCCGCACUGGAGUGGGGCUUACUGGGGACACAACAGAUCCCUUGAGCCGCACUGGAGUAGGACUUACUGAAGACACACCAGCUGCCUUGAGUCACACUAGAGUAGGGCUUACUGAAGACAUACCAGCUCCCUUGAGCCGCACCGGAGUAGGACUUACUGAAGACACACCAGCUCCCUUGAGCCGCACUGGAGUAGGACUUACUGAAGACACACCAGCUCCCUUGAGCCGCACUGGUCUUGAGCUUGCGACCAUCGAUGGCCCUGCUGCUGCUGCUGCUGCUGCUGCUACUGCUACUGCCGCCGAGGAGCUUCUUGGAGAUGCUGGGACGGUUCAUGGAGAUACUAUGUCUAGGAGCAAUUCAGAAUUAUCUGCUGAAGAUGCUUCAGUAGUUUAUGAACCAUACGUUGAAAGAAUGUUUGACUCGGUUCAAAACCGCCAGCUUCCCGAACAACUGCCUCCUGACAGCCCUCUACUGGAUCUAGAGAUCAUCUCUGUUAUUGGAGAUGUGACCGACAACUUCCUCUCGCCCAUCAACCCUGAGGAGGAACACGACAUUUGAGCGUAUCUGCAAAAUGUUUAAAUUAGCUAAUUUUAGUUCCGUAAGAGAGCAUACUAAUGAUUUCAGCACUAUGCAUUACUCAUCAUACCAGAUUUUUAUAUAAGUUAAAUUUUGUUUUGAAGCUUGUUUGAUCCUUGCACAUUUUAUUUCAACUCAGCCUUUUUAUAGAAAACUGCUAGAUUUUAUCCAUUAUAGUUGGAAUUGGUUGGUUCUUUGAAAUUUUUAACUUUUGCA